CGUCGUCUUAAACAGCUGUCCCUAUCUCGCAUGUGGUCUUGGCGCGUCCCUCCGGGUCAAGGCCAUGGCGGGGCGGCCGCUACAGCUCCAGCCAGGCCCGCGCGUCCUCUUAGGAAUUCAUAGCCUUAUUUAGACCGCGCCACCACCGUGCCGGGAGAACAGCUGCCCUCCUCGCUCGCUACAGGAAGUGCAGGUCCGCGCGCCUGACCCGGAACCGCAUGCUGGUCCCGCCCUCUUGGUGCCCGGCUUCCUUCUGCAACAGGCGUGGGUCACGGGCUCGCUCGCUCUCUUUCCGCCGCCAUCUUGGUUCCGUGUUCUCCGCACAAAAUGCCCGGUGAAGCCACAGAAACCGUCCCUGCUACAGAGCAGGAGUUGCCACAGCCUCAGGCUGAGACAGCUGUGCUUCCUAUGUCUUCAGCCCUGAAUGCUGCUCUAAGGCAGCCUGGACCUCCCCCUCCUUCCGCCCUGGGCCCCCAGCAAAGCCCUCUAGGAAUUGCUCCUCAGCCUUCUCCACUCCCUUCUAGUGUUUCCUCGACCCCCUUUGAAGUUCCUUUUGCCCAGCCCGUAACAGCUGAAACUGCUCUGCCCUCAGGAACCAUCCCUCCCACCCCAACUUUCCUGCCACACCUGAUAGGGCCUCCCAUCUCCCCAGCUGCCCUAGCCUUGGCCUCUCCUAUGAUAGGUCUAGCUCAGAAAGGUGCCCGUUCCUCCUCAGCUCCCUUGUCUCUGGUUGCAUUAGCUCCUCACUCAAUUCAGAAGAGCUCUGUGUGUCCCCCUCACCCUCUCACCUCACUUCCAUCAGCUGCUGGAGUAGAGUCAGGGACAUUGACAUCUAUGACAGCUUCUGUCCCUCCCUUAGAACUAAAGGCGGCUUCUACCAGUCACGUUCCCUCUCAGGGAACCCCGAAUCUAAAAGGCACUACCCCACGUCCUCCAGAUGUAGGCAGUGCUUUUCCUUCCCACCUCGAAAGCCACCUGGCCGCUGUAACGACCUGUCCUCAAACACUAGCCAUCAUUUCCUCAUCUCUGACACAGAAGGAACCUGUUAGUUCACCUGCUCAGAGCACUGUAACCCCCAGCAUGCCCCCAGCACCCUCUACUUCUCUGGGCUGUCGUCUUCCACUUCUACAUCACACUUCUUUGGAUUCUCCCAUCCAGCCCCCAGGUCAGUCGGGUCUUGGAGUGAAUAAGAUCAUUUCUGUAGAACAUUCUUCUAUUGCAGCCUCUUACCCACCUGAGCGUUCUCUAGUUUCUACUCUUCCUUCCAGACAUGAGCUGGCUGCUGAUUCCAUCCCAGCUCCAUCUGUUGACAAAGGUUCCUCUGCUGUUACUAGUGAAGUCUGCAGCCCUCCUGGCUCUUCACAUGCGGCUGGUGCUUCAUUGUCUUCUGUAGCCUCUCUUAUUCCUAAAGGCUCUGAUGCUGCUCUGCAGCCUUUGCUGACUCAGGUUCCUGCUUCUCAAAACACUGGCUUGAAAGAAGCUCCUGCCAUCCACCCUGCGCUGGGUAACCCUGGUCUCAUCUCUGUAGCACCUGCUACUCACGUGUCUCCUUUAGCUUCAUCAGGUCUUGUAAGUAGUAAAGACCCAGCUUUCCCUGUUUCUUCACUUGUAGUACCUGCUGCUCACAAGCAGUUCCCUGCUCCCCCAGUAUCAGUUGCUCUAGAGGUACCAGUGUCUCCUCUGCCAGCCACUGACAGCCUUAAAAAGCUUCCCGUUUCUCUAGCCCAGGCAGUACUCCCUACCAGAAAAGACGCCACUCUUCAGCCUGUGGCCCCGACAGCACUUGCAGAGUCUCCCUCUUCCCAGAGUGUACCAUCUUUGGAGGUACUUUCAGAAGAGACUAUAACAAAGAAGCCUACAGGAGGCCCUGCCCCUGGAGUGCGGCCAGCCAUUGCUGGGGUUGCUACCACUGUGUCCCUGCAUGCUGACUCUCCACCUGCCACCAUCAGGGCAGAUGCUUGUGUCAGUCAGCCUCUCAAAAGUUCUGUUGCUGCCCCAGCAAUGGCUCCGUUUCUUUCAGAAACUUGUGAUUCUAAAGGGCUGGCUCCCAGAACUGCCAGAGAUACCCCUCCUGCCACUUCAUCUCUGGUUCCUUUAGCCUCUGAAGGCUGUCCUGUGGCUCCAUCUAUGGCUUUGUCCCCCCAGAAUGCUUCUGUUUCUGUGACUACUUUGGCAUUGUUCCCUGAAAUUCCCAAGUCUGUACUCUUCCCUAAUCCUCCCUCAGCUGGGCUUUCUUUUUGCAGUGCAAAGGAAGUUGAUGUUGUCUCUCCUAUGGAGCCUUUAGGCUCCUCUCAUGAAGGGCACUCAGAUGCUUCUGUGUCUUCCAAAGGGACUGUGGUUUGUCCAGCUGACUCCUCAUCUUUAGACACUAGUGUGUCUGCUCAGACUAAACGGCCUGCAUCCAAGAAGAAGGGUUCUGCUCUCCCAGAUGUUUCUCCUGGAAAUGCUUCAUCUCCUCUUUGUCCACUUGAGGCUUCUUUCCUUCCAGAGGCAAGUCUUUCUUUUCAAGGCCCUAAAGGCUCACUUAAUAAGCUUUCUCCCAUUCCUCCAUCCUCCAAAGGAGCCCCUAUUCCUUCAGCUGUGGCUCCUCCCUCCCCUAAAGGGGCCCCUAUUUUUCCAACAGAAACUUCUGCAUCCUCUAAACAGAUCCCAGCAGAAAUUCUUCCUUCCCCCCAAAAGACCCCAGAAGUACCGGCUUCCAGACUGACCUCAGCAGUCCAGGCUCCUAAAGUGGACCCUAUUGUAUCAGCUCUGACGCCUACCUCUUCCAAAAAGACUUCAGCAACUGCUGUCCCCAAAGAUCCUAAAGCAACCCUGUCUCUCAAAAGUGUCCCAGCUGUGACUUCUCUGACCCCCCCAAAGGUUCUUGCAGCCUCAUCUCCUACUGAAGCCUCCAUUGCACCUACUGAGGUUCCCACUUCCCUCAAAAAUGCCCCAGCAACUGCCACCCCCAAAGAGACUUUAGCAACCUCAACUCCCAAAGUUGCCUCUACUGCCCCAGCUGUGACUUCUUCCCCACAAAAGACUCCAAAAUCCAUAUCCCCUCAGGGUGCCCCAGCUCUGGCCUCUAAAAAAGCCUCCAAAGAAGUCUCAACAUCCCAGUUUCCCAAAGAGGACCCUCUUUUACCACAUGUGGCUCCUGCUUCCCCACCAAAGUCCCCAGCAAGUGACUCGCUCAGUGGGGCUCUAACAAGCCCAUCUCCCAAAGGUGCCCCUGCCACCCUAGUUGAGACUCCUGCCUGUCCUAAAAAGUCCCCCAAAACUGCAACCCCCCAAAAAACUCCAGCAACUCCAUCUUCCAAAAGGACCCCUAAAACUGCAGUUUCCAAAGAAAUUCCUUCUAAAGGGGUCACAGCUGUGCCAUUGGAGAUUUCUCUGCCUCUAAAAGAGACCUCCAAAAGUGCAACUCCUGGUGAAAAUUCAGCCUCGUCCCCAAAAGAGUCCCCCAAAACUGCAGACCCCAAAGAAACUCCACCUGAAGGGGUCACACCUGUGCCCCUGGAGAUUUCUCUGCCUCCAAAAGAGACACCCCAAAAUGCAACCCUUAGUGAAAAUUCAGCAGCCUCAUCCCAAAAAAAGUCGCCCAAAACUGCAGGCCCCAAAGAAACUCCACCUGAAGGGGUCAGAGCUGAGCCACUGGAGAUCCCUCAUUUCCCCAAAAAGGCCCCCAAAACUGCAGUCCCUAAACAGGUUCCUGUAACCCCAUCUCCCAAAGAUGCCUUCACUACCCUAGCUGAAAGUUCUCUCUCUCCCAAAAAGGCAUCUAAAACUGCAGUCCCCAAAGAAGCUCUGGCAACACCAUCAGUGGGAGUCACAGCUGUAUCAGAGAUUUCUCCCUCCCCCCAAAAGACCUCAAAAACUGCAGCCCCCAAAGAGAAUUCAACAACCACAUCCCCCAAAAGAUCCCCCCAGACUGCAACCUACAAAGAAAACUUGACUUCAUCCCCAAACAGGUCCCCCAAAACUGCAGCCUCCAAAGAAACUCCAAGCACGUGUUCUGAGGGGGCUAUAGCUGUGUCACUAGAGACUCCUCCAUCAACCCCCACUCCAGCCUCCAAACGGGUUCCUGUGACCCUGUCUCCCAAAGAUGCCCCUAAUGCCCUAGCUGAGAGUCCUGCCUCCCCUAAAAAGGCUCCUAAGACUGCAGCCCCCAAAGAAACCUCAACUCCAUCCCCCAAAAAAAUUACCAAAAUGGCAGGUCCCAAAGAGGCUCCAGCAACCCCACCUUCCAAAAAGACCCCCAAAACUAUAGUCCCCAAAGAAACUUCAGCUCCUUCUGAGGGGGUCACAGCUGUACCACUGGAGAUCCCUCCCUCCCCCAGAAAGGCCCCCAAAACUGCAGCCCCCAAAGAAACUGUAGCCCCAUCUCCUGAAGGGGUCACCUCUGCACCGGUGCAAGUUCCUUCUUCCUCCAGGAAGGGCUCUAAGACAGCAGGCUCCAAAGAAACACCCACAACCCCAUCUCCUGAAGGGGUCACCGCUGCACCACAGGAGAUUCCUCCUUCCCGCAAAAAGGCCCCCAAGACUGUAGACACUAAACAGGUUCCUCUAGCCCCAUCUCCUAAAGUUGCCCCUACUACUCUAGCUGAAAGUGCUCCCUCUUCCAAAAAGGCAUCCAAAACUGCAGCUCCACCCUCUGAAAGGGUCACCACUGCACCUCCAGAGAAGCCUGCCACCCCCCAGAAGGCCUCAAUAACUGCAGCCUCCAAAGUGCCCGGCCCUGCGGAGACACAGGAAGUUACUGUCUCCCCCAGAGAGAUUCCAGUAACCCCAGCUGCAUCCCCAGUCAAGAAUCCUUCCUCCCAUAAAAAGACCCCAAAGACUGUAGAUCUCAAAGAAGCCCCAGCAACCCUCCCUCCCCCCCCUACAAAGAGCCCCAAAAUUCCAUCAUCCAAAAAGGCACCAAGAGCUUCAGCCCCUAAAGAAUUUCCAGCAAGCCCUUCUAGUAAAGCUGACACUGCCUCACUGGCACAGAUGGCUCCUCCCUGUCUGCAAAAGGGCCCGUCCACUACAGUCCCCAAGGAGAAUUUAGCUGCCCCAGUUGUUAUUCCUGUCUCCAACAAAAGCCCAGCAGCCCCAACUCCUACAAAUGCUUCCACUGCCCUAGCUGCCGCUUCCCUUUCCCCAACUCCCCCAGUCAAGAUCUCUCCCUCUAAAAAGACCCCAGCUGCUGCAGCUCCUCAAACCGCUUCAAAAGAGACCACAACAACCCACUCUUGUAAAAAGGCUCCAGCCACUGAGACUUUAGGGGAGACUUCAACAGCUCCAUCUCUCAAAGGGGCCCCCAAGGAGACCUCAGAAACUUCAAUGUCCAAAGGAGUUCUCACGCCCACAGUCAACUCUUCCCCUCCUAAAAAAGCCCCAUCCUCCAAGAGAGCCUCUACUCUCCCUGCUCCAUCUCUUCCCUCUCUUAAAGAGGCCUCUGUUCUCUCACCCAUCGCCACUUCUGCAAAAGACUCCCAUACCUCCCCAGUGUCUGUUGCUUGUAGCACAGGAACUACAGCAAAGAAAGAUCCUACAGCUCUCACAGAAGUGCUUGCUGCACCCACUCCAGAAAGUGCUUUGGUCAUCACUGCUCCCGUUCAGAAAGGCCCAAGAGCCAAAAGCAAUUCUGCUUCGCCUCCUAAGUGCCUAGAUCCCUUCCCUAAGAAAGAUACAAAGGGCCUCCCUUCUGUAGUAGCUCCAGCCCCUCAGAGAGUCUUUUUUGAGAAAGACUCUUCAAAAACUGCAGAAGCUCUGCCUGUUUGCCCUGCAAAAGACAGUGAUUGUCUUCAUUCCCCAAAGGGCCCUGUGGAGUCUCAGGUAGCUACUCCUCUGGCAGCAUUUACCUCUGACAAAGUCCUUCCGGAAGCUGUGUCUACAUCUGUGACUCCAAGGCCUGCCCCAGCAGCUUCCCUGACUCUUGCCCCCUCCCCAGUUCCCCCUCUGCCUCCUAAACAGCCACUUCUUCAGUCUGUACCUGAGUCAGUGCUGGAAUCACCCUCUAAGCUCCCAGCCCCUGCUGAUGAGGAUGAGCUGCCGCCUCUGAUCCCCCCGGAAGCAGUCUGUGGGGGAGAGCCUUUCCAGCCGAUCCUCGUCAACAUGCCCACCCCUAAACCUGCUGGGACCCCAGCCCCAGCCCCCUCUGCCAAGCAGCCUGUUCUGAAGAACCACAAGGGUAUUUGCCUUGGUUUGCUGUGUGCAUGGUGUGUUGCCCACACCCCUCUUGGGGGCUACCCACCAAUACUAACUAGGACGCGUCGCUUUGUACAGUAUGUCUGCUUGAGUUUGGGCAUAGUACAUAAAAUGGUAACUUUAAAUAUAGAAGCUCUAGGAAUAUGAACUAAAUCUUGGUUUCUGUCAUCUCAGGUAAUACUUUAUGCCUUUGUGUAAAGUGGUCCAGGCUAAGUAAGCUCUGGGUCUAGCAUUCUUUUUAACCUGAGCUGAUACUGAAAACCAAGACCUACCAGGCCUUUACUGUACUCUAAUUCUCAUCACAUCACUAACCUUGUCCCUGGGCCUGGAAUUUGCUUUGGUAAAAAAUAAUAAAAAUGGAAAGAAAAAAAACUUCCAAGCUAUUUCUUUUCUUCUUAGACUUAGUAACUACCAGUUGCCCAGGGACCUCCUUUUUGUAAGAAUGUAGAGAGCUGUUUUAUCUGGCCUGAGUAUGGUGUGGGUGUAUGCUUUCCUCUCCAGUAGACUUUACUGAUGCUUGGCCCUUCAAUUGAAGGAAAUUAAGAUGUAUCAGUUAUGUGUGGGAGUGGGGGAGUCAUGGGUCUAUAUCUAGUAGAGAUAAGAAAUGAUAGGGCUUAACAAUAUGGAGGUUGUCUAGUGCCCAGUUAAAACUCUUUCCGGGAGUGGUUUGAAAGGCAGAAUGUCUGUACAACUGCUUCUGACCUUCCGACCUUAUUUAAAGGGUUCUCACUUAAAUGUAUCUAAAGAUGUCUCUGCCUGAUUAUUUCUGGAUGGGGAUAAAAUUUGGAAUCUCAUGGAUGCUUGGUAUUUGUGCCAAGAGGUGAAGAUCUUAAGAGAGAGAAGGCAGUUAGAGCAUGUAAGCUGCUUAGCUGUAUCUAGCUAUUGUCCCACAUCCCCAAAGAAAGGUCUUCGAUGGAUUCCUGUAGGUUGGAGGCCUCGGGCUGGGUCGCAGAAGCUAAUUAAUAGACUUAUAUUUACCCUUGUAAGGCCUGUGUAAAGCAGUGAUAGAUAGUUCAGGUAGUCCAUGAUGAGGUGCCACCUCUUGAAGAU